ACAGCUGCACGCCUGUUCCGCGCCACGGCACGCCGCUCUAUUGUUGCGACAGAGAGAGACACACACCCAUUGUGUGACAGAGCGAGACCGACAUAGCGCCAGAGGAGGGGCGCAGGCUGUACAAGCCGGCCUCUCAUUGGCCCGCCGCACGCCGCCCAGAAACCCCACCCCCCGCGCUCCGAUACCCACAAGGCCCCGAUACUGACUCGCCAGUCUAUCGUCCGUCUCCGACGUGACACAAUCACCUCCUCGUCUGUGCUCAUUCACCGCUUUGUGCCAUACUUGUCCAUAGAGCUAAUGCUCUAACAGAACUUACGACUUAUUAAUUCAAGUUAUAAUCGCUAUGUCGACUUUAAGUCAUCACCCGUACGCGUUCUCCAUGCACCCUGGCAUGUUGCCGGAGUACCCCAGCGCGCCACAACCACUGCCAGCUACAUCGCCGCAGUCCGAGGGUCACAUCAAGAGACCCAUGAACGCAUUCAUGGUGUGGUCUAGGCUGCAGAGGCGCCAGAUCGCUAAGGACAACCCAAAAAUGCAUAACUCGGAGAUCUCCAAGAGACUUGGUGCGGAGUGGAAGUUGCUCUCUGAGAUGCAGAAGCGGCCAUUCAUAGAUGAAGCUAAGAGAUUGAGAGCCCUGCACAUGAAGGAGCACCCGGACUACAAGUACAGGCCCCGCAGGAAGCCCAAGCCCCCAACGCAGGGAGGAGCUCCUGGUGCUGGUGCCUUCCCUAGCUUCCCACUGCCAUACUUCGCCGGUCCAGCUCCUGGAGUAGGCCACUUGGAUGCUCUGUCAUACUCCGCUGUGCCACCGUACUUCCCGCAUCAAUUGGAUCAUCUGCAGUUCUCCAAGCUGAUGGCUCCGACGGAAAAAUUGCCGACGGUGUCAUCGUCCGCAGCUGCCGUCGUGUCAUCGUUCUACUCGUCACUGUACACAUCACCGGCGGCUCCCCCGAAGCCUUUCCCUUCUUCACUGUUCCCUCAGUACGGAGCAGCUCCUUCGUCACCAGUGUCUCCUGUCACACCCACGCAGCACAGCCCACAUGACGACCAGCUGAGGCGGCCCGUGUCGGUCAUAUAUUGAAGACCAACCUGCCUUCCUUGAAGGAUCUCAUCCUUCGAGGUUCGGCACCUCCGCACGAGCCGGAGCCAGCAGUUUAAGUGCGACGGACUGUGAACAAGAAUCUAUUGAACAUUUAUUUAUUUCUAGAGUUAAAAAUUAAUGAUGUAAAGUGAGUUUCAUAUCAAGUGGCUUGUAAAUAUGUUAAGGUAGACCCGCGAGGGACGAGUUGAGUUAACUGUGAUUAAUUUUGUUUUUGAUGCGUCUAUAAAUAUUUAAGGUAAAGUAGCGCCGGUUCGUUAGUUAUGUGAAGUGAGAUUGGUACCAAAAAGAGAUUAUUUUCUAUAGGUGUCUCAUGUAGCCGAAUAGUUAAGUCGUGUACGGUCAACCCUGUAUCUUGUUUUAGUGCUAACAUUCGUCAGUUUGUUGAGUUAUUUGUUUCUUACCAGUGUCUGCAGGGUUGGCUCUCUUUACUUAUUCCAUGUAUAAUUUAUUUAUUGGUUCCAAUUGUAGAUGUAAUUUAAGAACUAGUUGUCUUAAUCUUAAGUCAUUAGUACAUCUCAAAAUGUAUAUAAUAGUGUAUUAAUUGAAUUAAUCGAUGUCAGUACCAACGAUGUAUUAUAGUAUUUGAGAAAAUAACUUUGUUAAAUGCCAUACAAAAUAAACACUAAAUUGUU